GUUAUCGUGGCUAUUACUCCGUACAUCUUAUGAUUGUUAAGCAAAACAACAAUUGUCCAUCUAUUCGCAUGUUUAGUUAUUCCGCACACCUGCAAUCGAUAGCCUCCUCAUUGUAGUCACCAUGACUACUCAACCCGAGCACUUCACCUUUCGAACUAGUGGGGGAGACGACAUCGCCAUAGACAGUAAAGACUUGGUAGCAGUUGUGCCCGACCAAGAUGGUUCGGCUUCCACCAUCGUCUAUGUGGAGCAAGACCCUACCGAUCCUACAAAGCUCCCCACUAUCAUUUUCAAAGAGGAAUCCACCUUCAAUUCCGAUGUUCCCAAUCCCCAAGCGUUCACUACACCGGAAGAGACCCACGUCUUGAUAUCUACCGGAUCAGGAAAGAGAGAAGCCGAGCGAUUCUACAACGAAUCCACCAAACCGAUCCUCUCCGCUCUUUUUCCACAGCAAUCGGAGAAAUUCCAUAUCCACACGACAGAGUCCGAGUCAACUAUACUAGACCUCACAAAUAAUGUCUUCUUUCCAAUCGCCAACGCCGGUCGACCACUGCGUAUCAUCCUUCUGUCCGGAGAUGGCGGGAUAAUCGACCUGGUGAACGGUCUCUCAUCUCAGCCCUUGUCUGCCUCGUACAUUCCUCCUCAAGUCGUUCUGUUACCGCUAGGUACCGCGAACGCCCUCUAUCACUCGAUAGUCGCCGGUAGAGAGAACACAUGGGGCCUCCAGGCCUUGACCUCCAACGAAUAUGAAUCGCUUCCAAUAUUCACAGCUUCUUUCUCUCCUGGAUCCCGAAUACUGGCAGACGAAGCACGCAAGGAGCUAGAACUCCCCAAGGACCCAGAAACCGGCCAUCAGGUCUUGCAUGGCACCGUCGUGGGCAGCUGGGGCAUGCAUGCUUCGCUCGUGGCUGACAGCGACACCACGGAGUACCGCAAGUUCGGCAUCGACAGGUUCAAAAUGGCGGCUAAGGAGGCAUUGUAUCCUGCGGAUGGGUCCCCGCCUCACCCUUACAAAGCCAAAGUCUCUGUUCUCAAGGGUGACAGCUGGGAAGAUCUGCCGGCCGAGGAACACAUGUACGUUCUAGCAACCAUGGUCUCCAACCUCGAGAAGCCGUUCACCAUAUCGCCCUCUACAAAGCCUCUGGACGGAAGUCUACACCUCAUCCACUUUGGUCCGGCGAGUGGAGAUGAAGCGAUGAGGAUCAUGGGAUUGGCGUAUCAAGGUGGAAAGCAUGUCGAUGAUCCAUCGGUGCGCUACGAAGCUAUCGACGGGUUGCGCAUCCAGUUCGAAGGCAGAGAGGAAGAUGCAAGAUGGCGCCGUAUUUGCAUUGAUGGCAAGAUCGUUCGCGUAGAUAAGGAUGGGUGGGUGGAGCUGCGGAAGGAGUCAAGGAGGGUGCUUGAGAUUGCCUCAGUGUAAUGACGUUCUAAGCAGCAUAGCAGCAUAGCAGCGGUGGUCAGUAUAGUUGAUACUGAAUAUAGUCAAUGGUUAUGUUUUGUAGAGCGAUGUGAGAAAUUCAAUGCCAUUGUGGCAUGGCAGACAACUGGGUGCCUAGCAUGCUCAAAAUCUCCCAACUGGAAGGGCGUUGUCUUUGUAGAUCCUCUCUAUCUCCCUUGCUUCUGGAUCGAAUUCUUCUCAUUCUU